AUGGCACGGCAGACAGGGCAUGACUCUCAGUCCGCGACAACUACGUCCCUCCCAACAACAACUACUACGUCCCUCACAACAACAACUACGUCCCUCCCAACAACUACUACGUCCCUCACAACAACUACUACGUCCCUCACAACAACAACUACGUCCCUCCCAACAACAACUACUACGUCCCUUCCAACAACUACUACGUCCCUCCCAACAAAUACUACGUCCCUCCCAACAACUACUACGUCCCUCGCAACAACAACUACUACGUCCCUCCCAACAACAACUACGUCCCUCCCAACAACAACUACGUCCCUCCCAACGACACACGUCCUUCCCAACAACAACUACGUCCCUCCCAACAACGACUACUACGUCCUUCCCAACAACAACUACGUCCCUCCCAACAACAACUACUACGUCCCUCACAACAACAACUACGUCCCUCCCAACAACAACUACUACGUCCCUCCCAACAACUACGUCCCUCCCAACAACUACUACGUCCCUCCCAACAACAACUACGUCCCUCCCAACAACAACUACUACGUCCCUCGCAACAACAACUACGUCCCUCCCAACAACAACUACUACGUCCCUCCCAACAACUACGUCCCUCCCAACAACGACUACUACGCCCCUUCCAACGACAACUACGUCCCUCCCAACAACUACUACGUCCCUCACAACAACAACUACGUCCCUCCCAACAACAACUACUACGUCCCUCGCAACAACAACUACGUCCCUCCCAGCGACAACUACUACGUCCCUCCCAACAACUACGUCCCUCCUAACAACGACUACUACGCCCCUCCCAACGACAACUACGUCCCUCCCAACAACUACUACGUCCCUCACAACAACAACUACGUCCCUCCCAACAACAACUACUACGUCCCUCGCAACAACAACUACGUCCCUCCCAGCGACAACUACGUCCCUCCCAACAACAACUACUACGUCCCUCCCAGCGACAACUACGUCCCUCCCAGCGACAACUACUACGUCCCUCCCAACAACUACGUCCCUCCCAACAACGACUACUACGCCCCUUCCAACGACAACUACGUCCCUCCCAACAACUACUACGUCCCUCACAACAACAACUACGUCCCUCCCAACAACAACUACUACGUCCCUCACAACAACAACUACGUCCCUCCCAACAACUACUACGUCCCUCACAACAACUACUACGUCCCUCACAACAACAACUACGUCCCUCCCAACAACAACUACUACGUCCCUUCCAACAACUACUACGUCCCUCCCAACAACUACUACGUCCCUCGCAACAACAACUACUACGUCCCUCGCAACAACAACUACGUCCCUCCCAACAACAACCACGUCACUCACAACAACAACUACGUCCCUCCCAACAACAACUACGUCCCUCCCAACGACAACUACGUCCUUCCCAACAACAACUACGUCCCUCCCAACAACGACUACUACGUCCCUCCCAACAACAACUACGUCCCUCCCAACAACAACCACGUCACUCACAACAACAACUACGUCCCUCCCAACAACAACUACGUCCCUCCCAACGACAACUACGUCCCUCCCAACAACAACUACGUCCCUCCCAACAACGACUACUACGUCCCUCCCAAUGACAACUACAUCCCUCACAACAACUGCUACGUCCCUCCCAACAACAACUACGUCCCUCCCAACGACAACUACGUCCCUCCCAACAACAACACAACUCCGAACUCUCAAGGCUGA